AUGCGGCUCCCUUUCGCAACAGCCGCAGCUCUCCUUCCCAUCCUCACUCCUCUCGCAGCCGCCCAACUUCACCACUAUGCCACCCUAGCCGGCCUCAAGUACUUCGGUGCUGCAACCGACACUCCCGGCCAGCGCGAGCGCGCCGGCUACGAGGCCUCAUACGCUCAGUACGACGCCAUCUUCGCUGACCCGUCCGAGUUCGGGCAAACCACACCCACGAACGGGCAAAAAUGGCUCUUCACCGAGCCCUCCCCCGGAGUAUUCAACUUCACCGAGGGCGACAUCGUCGUGUCUCUCGCCGCCAAAACCGGCAAGCUCCUUCGCUGCCACGCGCUCGUCUGGCACAGCCAGCUUGCGCCCUGGGUGGAAGCCAAGAACGAGACCGAGUGGACGAAAGAAGAGCUGAGCGCCGUCAUCGUCCGCCACAUCGAGGGUGUAAUGGGCCACUACAGGGGCAAGUGCUACGCCUGGGACGUGGUCAACGAGGCGCUGAACGAUGAGGAUGGCGGCUACAGGCAGAGUGUCUUCUACAAGGUUCUGGGCGAGGAGUUCAUCCGGCUUGCGUUCAAGACGGCUGCCGAGGUCGAUCCUAGCGCGAAGCUUUAUUACAACGAUUACGGCAUUGAGAGACCUACCUCUGUCAAGACGGAGGGAACGAGAAAGCUGGUGAAGAUGCUCCGUGACGCCGGCCUGCGCGUCGAUGGUGUCGGCAUGCAGGCACAUAUGCACGCGGACAACCACCCGACGGCGGGGGACCUCGAGGCCACGAUGAGGGGAUAUGUCCAGGCCGGAGCGGCGGAGGUGGCGUUCACGGAGCUGGAUGUGCGGAUCACGAUUCCCGUCAAUGAGACCAGUUUGGAGUGGCAGAAGGAUGGAUAUCAGAAGGUGGCGAGGGCGUGUGUCAAGGUCAAGGAGUGCGUGGGCAUCACGCUUUGGGACUUUUACGAUCCGUUUAGCUGGAUUCCGUAUACGUUCCCUGGAAAGGGUGCGGGGCUGUUGUGGUUUGAGGGCUUUGGGAAGCAUCCGGCUUAUGAGGGGAUUAUUGAUACGUUCAAGGAGCUGAUUAAGGAAGGGGCGGGGAAGUGUGGGAGGAGGUUGUCGAGGAUGAGGAGGGCUACGCUGCCAAAAGGAAGUGCAUAA